ACUCAGCACGCGUCGCUAGAGUCCCGCACACAACGUCCGCCACACGCUUUCCUAGAAGCUCGCACACACCACACCAGUUGUUGACACCACACCAGCGCCCUAAAAGUCAUUGAUUGACUACAGUUCAGUACAAGUUUCUGUUUCUCGAGCACACCCUCCCUCAUUGUUCCAGCACUCAACCAUUCAGAGAUUCCCAGAAACCAACCUUUCCAACUUUCGCAAAGCUUUCUACGAUGUGUCACGGCGUGGGUGCAUACGCCGCUGCAACCCGCACGGAGUGGACACAACAGGGAAGGGCAGCCCUCACGAGACGCCCGAAUUGUGUGAUCGUAGUAGAAACCGCGCCAGAGCCCCUUCACUACCAACAUGUCGUGGGAUCGUCUCCGUCCGCGUCAAGCGCCGCAAGUGGCGCAAGCUCUCCUGCAACGAGUCCCAGUGGUGUCGGCUCGUGGCGGCCUGGAGCAGUGCCAGUCAGCGUUCGCAGCCCAAACGCGGCAGUCGUUCGGCGUCGCGCAUAUUCGUCGCUCGACAUGGACCUCGAAUGGGGAACGCCGCCUGCCGACUCGGAGUCCGAGUCGCCGAGCUUAGCGGCGCCGCGCUCGGCGAGCAUGGCGUCACCGAGUCAGACGGGCUUCGCCGGGUCGACGCGCGACUUGCGGCAGAGACGAUCAAUGAGUUUCAACGACCAGCGGGCCGCUCCCGUAAGCUGCUUCGCGUCUCCGACAAAGUCCAAAUGCCCCGCGAAUCGCCGUGUGACCUUCAACCCAUUGGUCCGCGUUCGCCCUAUUCCACCGCGACUUGCCGCCGCCAACCUCAUGGAAGCAUGCGCUUCAGUUGCUGAUUCUGCUCCCGUGUCGCCCCCUCUGCGUGCUGGAACUGCGAGUGCGCCAAUCCCCCCUCCCCAUUCUCCGUCGAGGCGCGUCAUCGCCCACCAGAUUCCAAAUGAGUGCCCAAAGCUGUCCCGCUCGCGAUCGACUGAACCUUGUGGCUGCAGGGCCGCGAGUCUAGGCGGAUCGACUGGGAGUUAUCAAGAAGGCCGUCAUUUACACGCAAUGUGAAGCUCAGGUCAGGACACGUGUACAUUUCCAGAUAAAUCAAUCUCUUAGACGGAAUUGCAUUAUCUCCAAGUUUUUUUACGGCAAGGGGAAGUAUAGGUGCCUUUCCAUCAGGGCCUCAGAAGUCAGGCCAAAAAGGCCUGAAAGCCUGUAUAUCAGGGUGUUUUCUAGAGCAUACCCUGAUUUUUCAGGUUUUGAUUUUUAUCAAACCUGAAAUUUAUGUGUCCCAUUUUCUAAGGCCUGAAAAAUA